AUGGCGAAGCUUUGCACUUUGCUGUUGGCGGCAGUAGUGGUCCUCUCACUCCUAGUGAGCCCCAUUGCCUGCACCCGAAAGCUCAGCAAGCCCAAGACAAAGCCGGCCAGCCACAGGCGGCCGGUGACUGCGCUCAAGCCAAAGCCGAAACCGGUCAGCUACAAAACGGCGCCUGUGGCCGCCAAGCCUCCCCGCAGCAACCACACCGCUACACCCACACCAUCGUCGAUCUUCUACGGCUCCGGUGGCUGGUUGACAGGCGCCGGCGCCACGUACUACGGCGCGACCAACAGCGACGGGAGCGACGGCGGCGCGUGCGGUUACCAGACCGCCGUCGGAAAGAAGCAGUUCGACUCGAUGAUUGCCGCCGGGAGCACGCCGCUGUACAGGGGAGGCGAGGGCUGCGGCGCCUGCUACGAGGUGAAAUGCACGACCAACGCCGCGUGCUCCUGCCAGCCCGUGACCAUCGUAAUCACGGACCAAUCCCCUGGCGACCUGUUCCCCGGCGAGGUUGAGCACUUUGACAUGAGCGGCACCGCCAUGGGCGCCAUGGCGCGGCCCGGCAUGUCCGACAAGCUCCGCGCUGGCGGCGUGCUCAGGAUCCUGUACAGGAGGGUGCCGUGCAAGUACCCCGGCGUGAACGUCGCGUUCAAGGUGGACCAGGGCGCGAACCCGUUCUACUUCGACGUGCUGAUCGAGUUCGAGGACGACGACGGCGACCUCAACACCGUCGACCUGAUGGAAGCUGGCAGCAGCGUCUGGACGCCCAUGGCGCACAACUGGGGCGCCACGUGGCGCCUCAACAACGGCAGGAAGCUCAAUGCGCCGUUCGGGCUCCGGCUCACUUCUGACUCCGGCAGGGUGCUCGUCGCCAACAACGUCAUCCCGGCCGCAUGGAAGCCCGGCAAGACCUACCGUUCCUUGGUCAACUACCCCUGA